CUCCUGGGGAGUUCAUCCGGCCCUGGUUGAAAUAACCUCUUUGAAAGUUCAGGUCCUGUAGACCACGUUUUUUUUUUCGUGUGUCUCGGUGUCUUUUACGGCUGUACUUUGACCUGAAGUAAAUCCAGAGCUAAAAUCGAGGAAAAAGCUGAUCUUUUCGUCCUCGCCCCGGUUGUGUUUGGAACUUUUUAAACUUCCUCAGAGCUUCUCCUCCGCUGACACUACCAGGACCGAUAGCCGUCAAACUCCGAUCUGUGCAACUCUUCUCAUCAUGCAGCUGGUGAUCCGUCGGUAUCGUCCCUCAGACAAGGACACAGUACUGACCCUGUUCAGCGUCGGCAUCCGGGAGCACAUCGGUCCAUGUUUCCGUAACGCCAUGACCAGCCCUCUCUACCUGUCCAUCGGCCUGGCUCUGUGUGUUGCUGGAUACCUCCUUGGCUCUGUGUUGGGGGCUGUGCUGUUACCUGCAGUCUGGAUGGGCCUCAUCUACUACUGCUCUUACCAGAUCUAUGACAGCUAUGUCAGAGAGAGACUUCGGACGGACAUGCAGGACAUCCCUGGAAACUAUCUGAGCAGACCAGAUGACUGUUUCUGGGUGGCUGAGGCUGAGGUUGAUGGGAGGCCGCAGGUUCUCGGUAUGGUGGCUGUAAUGGCCAAACAUAGCGGGAAGGAAAAACACGGGGAGCUGUUCAGAAUGAUCAUCUCACAGCAGUGCAGACGUCUGGGUCUGGGCCUCAGGUUGGCUCAUACUGUGAUUGAUUUCUGUAAGGAACGAGGCUUCUCCAAGGUGGUUCUGGAGACGAGCUCCACCCAGAUGGCUGCUGUGGCCCUGUACAACAAACUGAGGUUCAGCGUUGUGGUCUCACACACGAAAACUGAGGCUGCCUCCUGGGUUGUAUCACUGGCCAGAGUCACAGUUUUGAGAAUGGAAAAACACCUGUAAACCUAAAGUACCUCUGACCUAUGGAUGUUAUGUUCCUGUUCUGUUCCUCUGACAGUAGUUGACGCUUUUGGAUUGAUGAUACUUCACUGAGAACAUUAUAGGUUAAGAGUCACACCAAAACACUUUAGGGGCUUUUCCACUAGCACUUACUCGGCUUGACUCGACUCAGUUUAGGUCGUUUUCAAUAACAAUUGCAGUGUUUUCUCUACAUUAAUUUAGGAGUGGCGGCCUGCCAUUCUUAAAUCCUCGCCGGCGCUCCUUCAAAUUUCUUUUUUUUUUUUUUUGUUGUCGCAAAUACACCACCGCCGCAUGUCUCCACUUUCACAGCAGUGAGUUGACUACUCGCGAGUACUGAGGUAAACUACAGAUAACUAUCUUGCUCAGUAUCUACUCUUUGAGGGGUAGAUACAAUGUUAAUUGCUCACAGGAGUGCAGUCUUGAAAGUGGUGAGAGAGUCAAAGGAGUGUCGUCUUGGAAAAUAGGGCAGCGACUUACCAGAGAAAAGUUAUAAGCUCAAGAUAGCUCAUAACAGAUUCUACGAGUUAAACAGACAUUCACAAAGUAUUGAUGUCCAGCUAACGUUCUGUUACGGUAGCUUACAUUAAUUGGCUUAAUUAGUGUCGCUAACGUGAGUAAACUAUUGAUAGCAUUAAGCUAAUGUCUACACGCCAUGAUGUAACUGCUGAAUGCAUUUUCAGAUGAGCUUGUUAAAUAUUUUCUUUUUAAUUUUUACGUUCGUCCUUUAAAAAGCCAUUUUCAAAUGACCAUUCAAUAAAUAGGUUGUACAAGUAAAAUCUGCAGCCAAGUGUUGCUUGAUUACGUCGCCACGGCUUCCUGAGAGCCUGCCACCGCUGCUGAAAAAAACCCUAGAGGAAACACUGCAAUUGAGAACCGCCUCAUCGUGGGUGGAGUCGCCAUAGCACGGUGGCCCGACCAGCGAGGUGAUGGUACACCUGCUGCUCGGUCUGUGGCUUUUUGUCAGAUUCAGAGUAAAAGAAGAGAAUCAGAGAAAGCUGAGGGCGCUGAGGAUAUGAGGAUACGCUAAUGGUAGUUCGCUACAGUUAUCGUACAUCAGUCCUGUGUACAACCCUGUAACGGCUGCAGUUUAUCGCUAUUAGGUAUUAAAAUAUGUAUGCUGUGUAGUGUCGUCACUCCCUGUCCAAUCACUGUCUUGCGCUCUGUAGACGUCACAUUAUCGGCUCUACUCAGCUCGCUUGGAACCCCGUAGGAACUAAAAUAGAACCUGCUACCAAGUAGUACGUCCUAAUGGAAAACCUCACAAACCGAGUAGAGUCGAGCCGAGUCGAGCCAAAUCGGUGCUAGUGGAAAAGCGCCAUAUGUUCUAGAUAUAAACCAAGAAGUAACAAUCAAUUCAUAGGUUUGCACAUUUCAUUCAGCUGCUCUUAUGAGCUCACUGGAGCCUGAUUCAGUCACUUUUCACUGCUGUACUGUGUGUGGAUGUUUUUAAACAAGGGGCAAGUACUGUAUUUUCUUCUCACAUUCUUACUUUUAAUUGUUUUAAUACAGAAAAAAAUCUGGAAUAGACAUUUUUAACACUGAAAGGCAUCGGCUUUCACUGCAAAACAUUCUCAGUUGCUUGCUUACGCCGACAGCUCCAAGUCUGAUUUAUCAGAGCUUUUAGAAAAACUCAACCAUUCCAGUCACACUUUUAACUUGAAUGCUGAACAUUCAAGUUACAAACUGGUAGUUAUGGCAACACUGAUAUGUCAUUAAUGUAACACAAGGCUGAGCUGGAAUUGGACUAACAUCUCCCAACCAGAUGGUGAAACAAGACCAGCAGAAACUUGAGAAGUAAUAGGCAUGGUGAGUGUACUGUUACACCAAACUGCAGUUUACAGUCAAGAACAUUUAGUUUAGAGAUAGUUAACGCUGUCUAGUGAUUGUUCAUUGUAGCAGGUGCUUCUAAAAUAAUCUUUUUUCACAGAAGACAUUCCCAUUAAACACAUUCUUAAAAAGUCUUGAAAGAUCAUUUGUUUGAUUUUUAAUGUUUAGGGAUUAGAAAGUCGUAUUUUUAAACCAUGAAAGCUACAUUUGGAGAUGAAGCCUGUAUGCCAUAAUAUUGGACUUAAAAUCUACCAGAAGUGAUCACAUAAAGUUUAGUUUCAGACGUGAACAUUUUGAUGAUUAUAUUAUUGAUUUCACAUGUGUUUGAUUACAUGAGGAUACAUGUCCAUAUUGAAAAUAAAUAAAUCAAAGUUAA